AGGGAGUUCAAGGAAGCUCAUAAUUCAGGGCUUAAAUCACCGUGAAAAUAACAAAUCGAAAGGUACGAGCCUUCCCCGCCAAUUCCAUUGCACAAAUGGUCGCUCUCGGACACUGCCCAGCACAUCCGUCUCUUCCGUUCCCAAAUCGUAGUCAGAAGAUUCGACGACCAAUCCCUGAGAUCCUCGAAUCGAUUCUCGCUUGCAAAGAUGUGAAGUCGAUCAUGGAAACGCGAUGGAGCUUGAAAGAAUCGGAAUCUCUCACCGCCAUUCGCGAGCUCUCACCGCGCACAGUCGAGCAGAAGCUUUCCCUCCUCAAUUUUUCGUCCGCGCUUUCGUUCUUAUAAGCGAUAUCGAGUUUGGCGCUCAAGUAUCAAGGGUUGCUGUGCUGCUGCGAGACCUAAAAUCUUCCACUUAUCAGUGGAUGCGAGUCUCGUAUGAGGAGUGGCUGAAUUUCGCUGAGCACUCACUUGAAAACGGAAUUCAUGCCAUCGCUCGUCCGGUCAAUUUCGUUUACCUCUUCUAUAUGGAAAUUUGA